UAUAUAUAUAUAUAUAUAUAUAUAUAUUUGAGUGUGUUGUGUAUACAGAGUAAUGAUACAGUAUUAAAAUAUGACUUAUUUGUUUUAUGACUGAAAAUUAUGAGUUCUGUUCAUAAAAUGUUUAAACCAGUUUUGUAUAAAGUCGCAGCUAUUAAGUCGCCUAAAAUGUUUUUAAUAUCUCCAUCUUUUUUUUAAAGUUCAUAGAGAACAUAAUAUUUUAAUACAGUAUCUAUUACUUUCUGAAUGGGUCUCUAGUGAUAUAUAGAUGGAUUUUAUAAUUGUUAUAACUGCCAUUAAAUAGCCUAUAAUACAUUUUAAAUACAGAUUUGUUGUGGAAGAUUGCUUUUAAAACCUUAGAUAGUGUCAAUAAACCGCUGGUUCCCACCACUGUGACCAAUUAUAUUUUUACACCAUAUAAUGUGGUUGACAAAAUGUCAGUGUGUGUUAAAAUCUUACGGUUUAAAUGUUCAAUAACUUUUUUUUGUGGUCAAGACUUUGCAUUUGCAGCUUGCAUUUGUAUUCCCCAUUUUUGUGACAGUAGAGCAUAUUGUCAUGCUAGAUGGCCUUUAAGGAUGUCUGUUUAAAACUCUGUUUUUGGGACCUUGUGGUCAACAGUCAGAGAAUGAGGGGUCAAAAGUUAGGGAGAAAGGGGUUGUAAUCAUUCUAGAGACAUAAAACUAGAAAAAAAGAAUGGGAAUGAUUUGGAAAUGUCCUCACACUAGUUGGAAAAUUGUGUAACCCCUCAACAAAACAAACAAAGAGUGAUUCAUUGUUUUAAUUCAUGGGGCUUGUGUGACUCACUUUGAACAUAAAUGUACUGUGACAAACCAAUCAAUAACUCAAGAGGCAGGUCAGUGUGUUGACGCAAACAUUGGAUCUACACAACACAUCUGUUUUCUGUGAACUUCACCGUUGUGUAUCUAGGUGAACCGAUGGACCUUGACAAUCAGUGAACGUGAGCAAACAAGAAUCUCCCAGAAUUUUCGAGAGACAAACGCGUGACAUCAGGUAAAUGUGCAUGUCCAACAGUAACUGUCCCAGAUGUAAACAAAUGCAUCCAACUGAAGUCAGGCGGUGACAGAUAAGAGGUUGCUGACCUCAAGUCCAAGGCCAGAGAUGAGCUCAAGGUUUUGUAGAGUGGCAGUAAUGUCCGUUUUGAGGGAAAAUACUAGGAAAUAUUUGGAUGGUGAAACGUGGGUGUUCCCACGGUGGUUGAAGGGAUAGGUUGAAAAAAAGAGGGCUUGGUAAUGUAAUCAGAAAAGGAAAGUCGUUUCAGAGGUAGAGCAAGUUGUUACAUUUUGAUGAAAGAUUACAAAGACAUGUUUUGAUAAGCCACACACAAUAAUGACUGGAACGUGUAUUAACAAAGUAAAGCCAACUUGAUAUUGCACAACUCGCACAUAGAACUGUGGGAUAUCGACUGCUUCCAACAUGGAACCUGCCAGAUCAGAAACGAGUAUCCUUCCCAAUGGGAAAAGUCAUGACCUGGGAGAGGACAUGUACGUGCCGAUGAAGACCAUGAUGGAGGAAGACCGAAAUGGUACUCAAAACAACAGAUUUGAUGACCCUGAUAGCACUCUGAAUGAGAACAUUGAGUUCCUACCCAAUGGCGAGGGCAAGAAUCCACGUUUCACUGAUUUCGAGGGGAAGACCUCUUUUGGGAUGUCAGUCUUCAAUUUGGGCAAUGCUAUUAUGGGCAGUGGAAUUUUGGGGCUGGCUUAUGCCAUGGCCAGCACUGGCAUUCUGCUCUUCUUGUUUCUCCUUACGGCUGUUGCUGGUCUUUCAUGCUAUUCUAUUCAUCUCCUGCUCAAGUCCUCUGGUGUUGUGGGAAUCAGAUCAUAUGAGCAGCUGGGAUACAGGGCCUUUGGAAUGCCAGGGAAAAUGGCGGCCGGAAUAGCAAUCUCUCUACAAAACAUUGGAGCCAUGUCCAGUUAUCUAUACAUCGUGAAGUCAGAGUUUCCUCUGGUGUUGCAGGCGUUUUUGAAAGCAGAUACAGACUCUGGGGAGUGGUAUCUCAAUGGCAACUACUUGGUGGUUCUUGUCUCUCUCUGUAUAAUCCUACCCUUGGCUCUGAUGAAACAGCUUGGUUACCUUGGUUACACUAGUGGUUUUUCACUCAGCUGCAUGGUGUUCUUCCUCAGUGCAGUCAUCUAUAAGAAGUUCCAGAUUCCGUGCCCGUUUGAGGAGUUCUCACACAAUAGCACGCUGGCACACGCACAUUCAAAUGUUACAGUCAACCAUGCACACAGUUACCAUAACGAACACGCGAUGGACGACUCGCACUGUCGCCCUCAGAUGUUCACUGUAAACUCACAGACUGCAUAUACAAUCCCCAUACUGGCCUUCGCUUUUGUGUGCCACCCUGAAGUUCUGCCCAUCUACACGGAGCUUCGCAAUCCUACUCAGAGAAAAAUGCAGCAUGUUUCCAAUGUCUCCAUUCUGAUCAUGUUCACCAUGUACUUCCUUGCAGCCCUCUUUGGCUACCUCACAUUUUACACUAACGUUGAGCCGGAGCUUCUGCACACAUACAGCAGGAUCGACCCCUACGACAUUCUGAUCCUGUGUGUGCGAUUGGCUGUACUCACUGCUGUCACGCUGACUGUACCCAUCGUUCUGUUCCCAGUUCGGAGAGCCAUUCAGGAGAUGGUGUUUCCUAAUAAGGUCUUCAACUGGAUCCGACACAUCACCAUCGCUCUAAUCCUCCUCACCUUCAUCAACAUGCUGGUCAUCUUCGCUCCAAACAUUCUGGGCAUCUUUGGCAUCAUCGGUGCAACAUCAGCUCCGUGCCUGAUCUUCAUUUUCCCCGCUGUCUUCUACAUCCAGAUUGUUCCAAAGGAUAAAGAGCCAAUGCGUUCUACCCCCAAAAUCUUUGCGGCCUGUUUUGCUGGACUGGGGGUGUUGUUUAUGAUAAUGAGUUUGAGCUUCAUCAUCAUUGAUUGGACAACAGGCAGCAGCAGUGCUCUGGGCGGCCACUAGGGGGCAGACCCUGCUCAGUGUGUGUGCUUGUGGACAUGCCUUUGAAUGAGAGAGUUAGCUAGUGGAGUAACAUACUGGAACAUGAUAUGACUUUUGAUUUUUGUCCUUAUUUUUUAUUUUUUUGUCUAUAAUGUGAAUGUCUAUUGUGUUAUAGCGGGUAUCCUAGGUGAGGGGGACCCAAAAACAACAUUUUCCACAGAUAACUGCCAUUAUUCAGAAAAGGACUUUGAUCAAUUCAGCCUUAUGUUAUUAAUUUAUAAGUACCAAGUUCACGUGUUUGGUACCAUUUUAGUACAAGUGCAAUUUUAAGACCUGGAGAGGUCAGUUCAAAUGUGCUAAUCAUGUAAAUUUUGGGACAUUUUUGUAUUUAUUAAAGAGUUAUUGUGUGCUCUUAUCCUGUAGAAAUUUGCUGUUAUGGCUCAAGUUUGCUUGACGUCAUUUUUCUAUUUACUUUCUUUUUCUGCUUUAUCAACCCAAAGCCCUAAUACCUGCCACGAUCAGCCGCAGGUACUGUAGAAAGGCGCAAUAGUUACAAAUACAUAUUUGAUUUUUUAAUCACAGAGAUUGCAGAUAUUUGGAUUAUUUCUGGGGGAAAAAUGAAGUGAGCUCGGUUACUUUUGUAUAUUGGUUACUCACUAGUAGUCUUGGGACAAUCAAGAAGUCAUGUUAUCAACUAUGUCCUGUAACUUGCAGUCUUUUUGGUCAAGUAAGAGUGCAGUUUAUCAUACUGCACAAUUUCAGUGUGCCAAAGCAACAUGAUUUAUCUGUCAUAUAGUAUAUUUUCUGUUUUCCUAAAUAUACACAGUAGAAAUAGUGAAAUGCAAGGCAUGUCUUGAUCACAUUGAGAUUUAAACAGUGAAAACAUACAGUAUUUAUUUAAAUGUAUCAAAUAUAUUUUGCAAUUCACUGGAUGAAUAUUAGGGUUUGUUACAGUAUUAACAUGUACUUCCUACGAAAAGCUUUUGUUUGUGUUGCUUUAAAAAUCAUGGUGGCUUAAUGAGUGCUCAGCAUGCUUGAUGCCAUUUACGCAAUCACUAGAUAUACAGAAAAUGAGUAAACAUUACACCUAUAUUUUACUUUAAAUAGACGUAAUCCCACCUGUUAGAAUUCCAACAAUCAUAUUAAAGGGACAGUUCACCCAAAAAUAAAAGUUCUCUCAUUAUUUAAUCACCCUCAUGACAUCCCAGAUGUGCAUGACUUUCUUUCUUCUGCUGAACACAAAUGAAGAUUUUUAGAAGAAUAUCUCAGCUCUGUAGCUUCACACAAUGCAAGUGAACAGUGAACAAAACUUGGAACUUGGAAGCUCCAAAAAGCACAUAAGGGAAGCAUAAAUGUAACCAAGUGGUUAAAUCCAUGUCUUCAAAAGCUAUAUGAUAGGUGUGGGUGUGAAACAGAUCAAUAUUAAGUUUAUUUUUUUUACUCUAAAUUCUCCUCCCGUCCCAGUAGGUGGUGAUAUGCACGAAGAAUGCAAAUUGCCAAAAACAAAAGAAGAAGAAGAAUGUGGAAGUGAAAGUGAAAGUGGAGAUUUAAAGUAAAAAAAGGACUUCAAUAUUAAUCUGUUUCUCAUCCACACCUAUCAUAUCGCUUCUAAAGACAUGGAUUAAAUCUUGUCGUAUAGAUUACUUUUAUGCUGCCUUUAUGUGCUUUUUGAGCUUCAAAGUUCUGGCCACCAUUCAUUUGUAUUGUAUGGACUUACAGAGCUGAGAUAUGUUUCUGAAAAUUUUCAUUUGUGUUCUGCUGAAGGAAGAAAGAAAGUCAUACACAUCUGGGAUGGCAUGAGGGGGAGUAAAUGAUGAGAGAAUUUUCAUUUUCAGGUGAACUAUUUCUUUAAGCAAUGUUGAAGGAUUUAGUUAGUGAUUUUAUUUAGUAAUCUGCUCUCAUGAAAACGGUUGUAAAUGUUAUAUUUUGCAUUUGUGUUGUUCAACAUUGUUUUAGAGUCAUUUUUAGAGUAUUUCUGGACCAGUUUUUGGUAUUAGCAGUUGUGGUUAGUUUAAAAAAACUGUUGAAACAGAGAAACUUUUGAAAAACAGCAGGUUUUAGUUUAAAGGAAACCAUUGAUGGCUACUGGCUUAUGUGGCGUUUUCAAAAAUAUGAGGUGUUUAGAUUCUGCAAAAAAAUAUACUUAAGUCCUGGAGUACCACAAGUUGUUAAUAUUACGUGAAAGGUGUUAAUGGUCUGGUCAGGAAGUGGCAAACAGUGACAAACAUAAGGAAUCCUGCAACAUGAGGUUAACAUGCCUUUAUUGUCACUACAGUAUUCAUAUCGGUGGUGUAGCCAAAUUACACCCAGACCCAAAUUUCCUAAUUACGCCCUUGAUUCAUAUAACAUCAGAACAUUAAUGGUUAGAUUAAGAAUAAUGACAAAUCAUUAAGUUAACUUGUAAUACAUUUAUUGACAUGGCAUUAUAGCAGACAGCAUGACUUCAAAGGAACAUCAUAGAAAGUUCUGUUUGCACAGUCUGAACUUUGACAGCUAAAACAUCAAAACCAAAGCAAAGUUAUGCUUGUGUUUGAAAACCAAUGCCAGGUUGCUCUCUAUUAUAAGGGCAAUGUAAUACAUUUUUUAAACAACUUUUGCUUUGUUUGUAAAGUUGUUAAUUGUUUUAAAUUUGACUCUUUAUAUAAUUUUUGGAAGGAGAAAAUCCAAUAGAAAAGUGCCUCUCUCAAAACCCUUUAGACACUACUUAUUUUUUUCUUUUGCCAUUGCUCACCAAAGUGCUAGUUAAAGAGCUCUCAAUGGAUCGUAAUCUUUUACAAUUAUAUUUUUAUUUUAUUUGAGUAUUAUAAUGUCUAGUUAUAACCUCGCUAGAUAUAUUUGCAUCAUGCAAAGUAGCAUUGGUUAAAAGAUAAAUUCAGAAGUACUGAAUGUUGAAAAUUCUGUUUUGUGAUUCAUAUGCCAUGUGCUGAAAAAUGAAAGCUAUUGAAAUUCUGUCAAGGUUACUCAUCUCAAUGCUGCCCAUUUUAUAUAACCUUUCCCUAAAUAUGCAUUGACAUUGCUAUCAUUUGUAAUUUUUUUCUAUCUGCCAUUUUUCCUUUCAAUAAGAUUAUGAAAACACCAAAUGUUACAGCCUUCAGUGAUAAGACUGCAAAAAUCACAAUUUUGAACCAUGGGAAAACAGUUGCAUUUUAUUGUUUGGAAAACCUUAUUCUAACCAGCAAAUAACACCUAUUAAAGUGAUACAUUUGAGUUCAUAUGUUAGAAUGUUUAGUGCUUCGUACAUUAUGUAUAUAAGUGUUGCCUUUUUUGUGAUGCAUAUUUAGUUUGUAUAGUGUAAAUAGAACCACUUUGACAAUAAAAAUGUUGUUUUUAAACCGCAAA